GGGCCUGGAGCGGGGUUCCAAGCGGGGCGCCCCCCAGGCCGGCCGGCCACUGAGCCUUGAACUUGACCGCCGCCAUCCGGGCAGCCGCAGCCGCAGCGCCUGACCCGGGCAGGGACAGCCCCGCCGCCACUACCACCGCGGGGCCUCCGCGCCCCCCAGGCCUCCCCUUCCCGGGCCGCCGGCCGGGCUCCGCGCCCCCCCAUGCACCACCUGCUGGAGCAGCCCGCGGACAUGGCGACGGCGCUGCUGGCGGGCGAGAAGCUGCGGGAGCUCAUCCUGCCCGGUGCCCAGGACGACAAGGCGGGCGCGCUGGCCGCGUUGCUGCUGCAGCUCAAGCUGGAGCUGCCCUUCGACCGCGUGGUCACCAUCGGCACCGUGCUCGUGCCCAUCCUGCUCGUCACGCUCGUCUUCACCAAGAACUUCGCCGAGGAACCCAUCUACUGCUAUACCCCUCACAACUUCACCCGUGACCAGGCCCUCUAUGCACGCGGCUACUGUUGGACAGAGCUUAGGGAUGCCCUGCCAGGGGUGGACUCCAGCCACUGGCCCUCCCUCUUCGAGCACAAGUUCCUGCCUUACGCCCUGCUGGCCUUUGCCGGCAUCAUGUACGUCCCUGCCCUGGGCUGGGAGUUCCUGGCCUCCACCCGCCUCACCUCCGAGCUCAACUUCCUCCUCCAGGAGAUCGAUAACUGCUACCACCGCGCGGCCGAGGGCCGGGCCCCCAAGAUCGAGAAGCAGAUCCAGUCCAAGGGCCCCGGCAUCACGGAGCGGGAGAAGAGGGAGAUCAUCGAGAACGCCGAGAAGGAGAAGAGCCCCGAGCAGAACCUGUUCGAGAAGUACCUGGAGCGCCGCGGCCGCAGCAACUUCCUGGCCAAGCUGUACCUGGCGCGGCACGUGCUCAUCCUCCUGCUCAGCGUGGUCCCCAUCAGCUACCUGUGCACCUACUACGCCACGCAGAAGCAGAAUGAGUUCACGUGCGCGCUGGGCGAGCCCCCCGACGGCCCCCGGGGCUCCGUGCGCGUCAGCUGCAAGCUCCCCUCGGUGCAGCUGCAGCGCAUCAUCGCCGGCGUCGACAUCGUCCUGCUGUGCUUCAUGAACCUCAUCAUCCUCGUCAACCUCAUCCACCUCUUCAUCUUCCGCAAGAGCAACUUCAUCUUCGACAAGCUGCACAAGGUGGGCAUCCGGACCCGCCGCCAGUGGCGCCGCUCGCAGUUCUGCGACAUCAACAUCCUGGCCAUGUUCUGCAACGAGAACCGCGACCACAUCAAGUCGCUCAACCGCCUGGACUUCAUCACCAACGAGAGCGACCUCAUGUACGACAACGUGGUGCGGCAGCUGCUGGCCGCGCUGGCCCAGUCCAACCACGACGCCACCCCCACCGUCCGGGACUCGGGCAUCCAGACGGUGGACCCCAGCGCCAACCCCGCCGAGGGCGACUCGGGGGAGCCCCCCGUCGUCAAGCGCCCCCGGAAGAAGAUGAAGUGGAUCCCCACCAGCAACCCCCUGCCCCAGCCCUUCAAGGAGCAGCUGGCCAUCAUGAAGGUGGAGAAUCACAAGGCCGACAAGCCCAAGCCCGUGAGGAGGAAGACGGCCACCGACACCCUCAUCGCCCCCCUCCUGGACGCCGGGGCCCGGGCCGCUCACCCCAAGGGGGCCGGGAGCGGAGACCCCGCGGCCCCCGGCUCCAGCUCCGCCCCGCCGUCCGCGAGCAGCGAGAAGAAGCACGCCAGACAUUUCUCCCUGGACGUCCACCCUUACAUCCUCAGCGGCAAGAAGCCCAAGCCCGAGCUCCCUCCCAUUGCUGCGCUGCCAGCCUCCAAGAGCCAAGAGGGAGCCUUCCUCACCCAGGGGGAGGACCACAGAGGGACCCGAAACAUGGCGCCUGCCAAAGAUCCCCCCGGCCCAGAAAAGGAAAUCCUGUACCCAGCGGAGCCGUGCCGGGCCAUCCCACCCCCUCCGGGACCCUUCCACGCCUGCCCUCCCACCACGACCGCUGGGGUCCCCGGGCCCCCAGCUGGUGUCACCCCCGGCCUCGGGAAGCCCGAAUCCAUGGCUGUCCUGAGCCACAACUCCAGCCACCCCCUGCUGCACAUCAACACCUUGUAUGAGGACCACCGGGCGGAGGAGGAGGAGGAGGCCCCGCCUCGAGCCUCCCCUGACAUGACUGACCUCAUCGGCAUCCCCCCUCCGAAGCAGAUCCUCAUCGCCACCUUCGAGGAGCCCCGGACAGUUGUGAGUACUGUGGAGUUCUAGAGACGGCCGCCGGGCUCCGCCCUCGGCCCCCCCGCGCUCACAGACCCCCCCCUGCCUCUGGCCCGAACCCCCCCCCCCCCGCCGGACAGGAACCCGGCCACUGCAUGACCCGGCCAAGAUCCCCGAAGCCCCAGACCCAAGCACGAGUGUCCCACUGCCAGAGCCCUCGGGCGACCAGGGAUCCCCUCCCCACACCGCCGCAGCCCCCCGCUUAGCCACGGCUGCCUUGGCUCCCCGGGGGGCGGCCUCCGUGGCCACUGUGGUUCUCCACGUGCACUUUAGCCAAGAUCCCCUCCCGUCCUGGCCACCACGGCCCGGAGCCACCUCCCGGGCCUCGCCUGACCCUGCCUGGCCAGCCUGCGCUUCCGCCCAGUCUCUGAGACCCCGGGCCGGCCCAAGCUUCCCGUCCCCGUGCUUCCUGUCAGCCCCGAGGGGCCUCCCGAACACCAGAUAUGCAAUAGCGUUCCGGGGGGCCGGGACAAGGGCGCUCCGGUCCUCGCGGCUCUGGGACCAGGACGGGGUGCGGCCCGGGGCCCGGGAGGGGCCAGAUGAAGAGUUUAUUUUUUUAAUCUAUUUUGUCAUUAACCUGGGUGCUGGGUGCUCACUCCAAGGGUGGCGUCUCCUCCCUGAGUGUGCAAGGGCGGGAGGAAGCUCGUUUGAGGAGCCAACAGGGGGAGCGAGAGGGGGGGACACUCAGGAGGUGCCCACAAUGGCCCGUCCGAGCCCAGCAGCUCCCCUCCGCCUAGGGCUGCCCCCACAUGGUGCAGUGCUCCACCCAAAGGCAUCCCCCCUGGGGAAGGUUCAGUCUUCCUUCUAAGGACCCCCAUGGCCCUGGAGCCCCGCCCCCCGGCCUCAGUACCUCUGGGGUGAUGCUCCCACCCUCCCAGAGCUCAGGCCGUCCCUCCCUGCCCCUCUCCCCAGUGCCUGGGCUCAGGGGCCCCCCGGGGCCUUUUCAAUCGCACUUUCUCUUUACCGGUCGACAUCCAUGUUUUUAUUUUGUUAUUAAUGCUGUCAUCGAUCAUACACUAUUUGGGAUCGGAAACUCGGAGCCGAGUUUUCACCAGAAUGAGCGAGAGGAGGAAGGGUGUGGAGAAUGUACAAAAAUGUAUCUUGCAAUAACGCCCGUCAAUCGGAACCCCGCAGCUCCCAGAGUCCCUCUGGGCAGGCGCUCCAGGGCCGGGCUGGCCAGGGCGGGGGGAAGGGGUUGGGGGGCUGCCCUGGAAGGGGGAGGAAGGCUGACCUGGCUCUAGCAUCUAUUACCUCAGACACGGCGACGGACAGCAGUGUUGAACAAAAAUAGCACUAAAUAGACAAAUAAAUAUUAUUCUGACAACA